GGCAGUCAUUCGGACGCAGACAGUGCGCCGGUAAACAAGUGAAUAUUUGAACAUAAAUCAGUUUUAGUGAUACAAGGAGUGAACCACUUUAAAAAUCAUGCGGUGGUCAACGAUUACUUUUAUAUUACUGCCAAUAAUAUUCGCCAGUACCACUGCAGAGUGGUCAUGGGGCGGAAAAGAAGACUCCAAACCUGCCGACGAACCCCACCAGAAUGCUUCGCCUUUGUUACAAGGAGAACAGUUACCCGAAGCUCAAGAGAAAAACUUUGAAUCUAACAGCACAGUACUUGAUGACAUUGUCGACGAGUUAGUGAGCAGCAAGCAAGGAAGAAGCCUGGGCGGCUUUGACGAUGUCUACAGUGACCCCACUAUUAAGGAAGCAUUGGACUCCGGAGACGACGCUGAAGCUCGAAACCUAAUUAAAGGGAGAUUAUGCACCCUAGGUCUCAUACAGUGUGAAGACGAAGAUAGCCAGGAAAAACGUACAUACCUGUCGCCGGAUGAAGUCAUUUACGCUCAACCCGUUGAUAUCAAGCCUAUUGGGAAACCCAUUGCAUCAAUUCCAGUCCGAGGCCCACCAAGAGCUUAUGGUCCACCUCAGCCUAUGUCUUACCGUCCACGACCUCAGAAAAUUCCACCUAAGAGAGUCGGCUACGGCGGCAAUGUCAGACCUGGUUUCUCUGAAAAGUAUGGCGUAGCAGGAGGCAACUUCCAAUUCUCACAAAACAGUUAUAAUGCCCACGAAUCAAACUUCGUUACCAAAUCCCCUAUUUAUGCGACCCCAGGGCCAUACGCUUAUGAGAAUGCCAAACCAGCAUAUAACAAAUAUCCAUCUCAUUCAGACACAAAGACUGAUGCCGUCGUUCAACAACACAUCCAUCACCACUACGUACACGAAGACAAUAAAGAUCCCAAAGUUAUUAUUAAACCAGUGGCAGUUCCUGUAGGAUCUGUAGGUCAGCUGAAUUCACAGUCUCUUGGAUCUCAAUCACUUGGGUCUCAAUCACUUGGGUCUCAAUCAUUUGGGUCUCAAUCAUUUGGAUCUCAGUCUUUUGGAUUACAAUCUUCUGAUAUUAUAGCAGCUGGUGGUGACUACAGCAGUAUAACAUCUGGUGGUUUUAAACCCAUGUCAGGAGGAUUCCACUCAGAUACUAAACCGAUUUACGAAUCUGACACAAUUUAUGGAUCUCAAUACGGCCACCAAUCUAACAAAGUUGGUCAAAAUGGCAAUAUUUUAACCCAAAGCUUACCCAAUCAAUUUAAUAACAACGCAUUUGAAGAUCAAAAGUAUGGAAAUGGGUUGGGUAGUUACGCUUCUCAGAGCAACGAAUUUUACAAAAAAGAGUUGCAUGUAGGCUCGCAAAACAAUAUUUACAAUCAAGGACCAUCAACUUUCGGACAAAGCAAUGGUUAUGCCGAAAACUACCACGAAGCCAAAGCACAAAACUUUGACUGUGUUUGUGUAAACUAUGACCAAUGUCCAAGUCAAGAAGUAAUUGGCCGCAGAGAUGACCUGUACUUACCAAUUGACCCUCGCAACAAAGGUAGUGAGAUUGCUGCAUUAACUGAGGAGCAAUUAGAUAAUCUAAACAAAACUGACAUCGCAACAGCUACUGCUGAUUCCGCUGCCAACGCUACUGAAACCAAGAAAUUAAGCAAACGUGAAACUAAAGAAGAAACUCCUUCUGAGGCUGCGAAGGAGGCUGAACCGCGCUCGCCUCGAUACCCUGGCUUCAACGAGCAUACCGGUCAUGACCAAAAACAUGUGGAGCCCACGUUUGGUGUCUCUUUUGCCUUGCCCCAGGCACCCCAGAGUUCUAACUUCCAUCCUUUCAAUCCGCACCUUCGUCCUUUCAGUUCUGCCAUAAUGGCCGGUGGUAUUAAUUUGGGACUCGCCGUUGUCAAUCCUGUAUUCUCUCUUCAAGUUACCAAAACUGUUGAAGGUGAAAAAAUUUACAAACCUCUUUUACAUUUUCAUGUAACACCUAGCGAAAGUAAACUAAGGGCAUUGACGCAAAUCUUUGAUGAAAAAAAACAAUACUUAUUGAAUAAACAUCAACAUUAUCAUGUACAUCAACCAUUUCCUGCAUACCCAGGACCAGCCUACCCGCCACAGUAUAAUUUUCCACAUUAUCCACCUCCUCGACCACAUCAUCCACACCCUCCUCCCAACUAUAUACCUCCACCACACGUGCACAACGGACCUCCCGUCUACUCCCCACAUUAUACUGAUUAUAAACCGUAUAGUUACCAUGGUAAUAGUCUACCUUCAGAGGGUUAUCAUGACUACGAAGAUGAUAGCGAUACAUACGGCGGUGAGGAUUACCCUCACCCUGAAUACAGAAGCCUACACAAUGAAGAUAGAUUAGAAAAAAAUUCUGACGUUUCUGAUCACGGUACUCAUGUAAAUAGAUCAUCCUAUUCCCGCUCCCUUGACCUUCCUUCAACGCCUCCUCGGGCAAAUCGGGGAUACCAAACAGUCCGAUUUCCUGAAACGAGAAGGAAGAGAGAAAUCGAUGUAGGAAAUAUGUCCGUAAUUAUAGAAGAGCGUCAAGGAUAUUUCGGUCGUCGUCCAGUGCAGCAGUGCAGACCUAACCAGGUUUGCUGUCGUCGUCCUCUGCAACCACAAGCAGCUAACAAAGGACAGUGCGGCAUCAGACACUCUCAAGGAAUCAAUGGCAGAAUCAAAACUCCCGCUUACGUCGAUGGUGAAAGUGAAUUCGGAGAAUACCCAUGGCAAACAGCUAUCCUGAAGAAGGAUCCGAAAGAAUCUGUAUAUGUCUGCGGUGGAACACUUAUUGAUGGACUUCAUAUUUUGACUGCUGCUCACUGUGUUAAAUCAUACAAAGGUUUUGAGUUAAGAGUGCGUCUUGGAGAAUGGGACGUGAAUCGUGACGUCGAGUUCUAUCCAUACAUUGAAAGAGACAUCGUGUCUGUCCACGUACAUCCACUUUACUACGCCGGCACUUUGGACAACGACCUCGCUAUCUUAAAGAUGGACCACCCUGUCGAAUGGACUAAAUAUCCUCACAUCAGUCCCGCUUGUUUGCCAGACAAGUACGCCGACUAUUCUGGUCAAAGAUGCUGGACUACCGGUUGGGGAAAAGAUGCUUUCGGAGAUUACGGAAAGUACCAGAACAUUCUGAAAGAAGUUGAUGUGCCUAUUCUUUCCCACGGCCAAUGCCAACAACAGUUGAGGCAAACCCGUUUGGGUUACAAUUACGAACUAAACCCUGGCUUCACAUGUGCCGGUGGUGAAGAAGGAAAAGACGCGUGCAAGGGUGACGGUGGUGGCCCCCUGGUCUGUGAGCGCAGCGGUACCUGGCAGAUCGUGGGCGUCGUCUCGUGGGGUAUCGGCUGCGGCCAGCCUGGAGUACCUGGUGUCUACGUUAAAGUUGCUCACUACUUAGACUGGAUCUCACAGAUCACUGGGAAAUUCUCUCCCUAUUAAUCAUAAAAGUCUUAAUUAAAAGACAUCUACAAUUAAUUUAUUGGACAUAAAAGUAUCUGAUAUUUAUUUUUA